GGGAAAAGACACUGUCCACAAUGCAUUUGAAAGUUCUGCAAUUGGCAAUUGUCGCAAUAGCAUUUAUUUCCAGCUCUACGGGUUCUGCGAGCUUGGAGCGAAUUAUCAAUGGAUCUGCGGCACAGCCAAAGGAGCUGCCAUAUCAAGUGUAUUUCUAUGCCUUUGUUGUACCUCUAGGCUGGGCAAAGAGCUGUGGUGGAAGCAUAAUUUCCCCGCGCCUAAUUCUCACCGCUGCCCAUUGCCUAAAGGGCGAUAUCACUCACAUUGAUGUUUAUUUUGGCGCGAAUAAUCUUACAAAUAUUGAGGAAAAAGGCCAACAACGUUUGCUUUUAGACAUAUCGCAUGUGGUGCUCCACGAGGGGUACGAUCCCAACACUUUUAUAAACGACAUUGCGCUAAUCAAACUACCAGCUGAUUUACAAUUCGAUGACUAUAUACAACCAGUUGCCCUGCCCGAAGAUGAUCUAACCAGCUACUCGCAUCGGGCGGCAAUUGCCAGCGGCUGGGGUUUGGUCGAUUUUGUUAAUCGACGACGAACCGACAUACUUCAAAAACUCGAUGUAAUGGUCAUGUCCAAUAAUGAGUGCAGCGCUGAAUUACUUAAAAGAGUCCCAGGCAAAUUCUUUACGAGCUCAUUCAUAUGUUUAUUGCCGCCGAAGGGCACAGGUCCAUGUAAGGGAGAUUCUGGUGGACCGUUAGUUGUGAAGGACUCCUUUGACAAGCCUCUACUGAUUGGCAUAACCUCGCAUUGCCCUGUCUAUAUGUGUGAAAAAGGUGUACCAUCAGUGUACACACGAGUUUCAUCCUACUUGGACUGGAUCGAGCAGGCAAGAAUUUAUCAAUGGUAAGAAAAAACCCUUCGUUUCAAAGUGUCUAAUAAACAAAUUUUCGAUGACAGUUUA